GACUGAGCCAGGCAGUCAGCGCAUAACAUAGAUAUAUAAACUUCGUAUAUUUACACCAAGUGCAGACCGUGGUGUUGAGAUUCAUUCAAAAAUGCCGAGUCAAGAAGUAGUGACAACCAAAGUUGUCGUGCACCCGCUGGUUUUACUCAGUGUGGUUGACCAUUUCAAUCGCAUGGGUAAAAUUGGUAACCAAAAAAGAGUUGUUGGUGUAUUGCUUGGUUGCUGGCGGGGUAAAGGCGUUCUUGAUGUAUCCAAUAGUUUUGCAGUUCCCUUCGAUGAAGAUGACAGAGACAAAUCAGUCUGGUUUUUGGAUCAUGAUUACCUUGAAAAUAUGUAUGGAAUGUUCAAGAAAGUUAAUGCGAGAGAAAAAGUAGUUGGAUGGUACCAUACUGGACCAAAACUGCAUCAAAAUGAUGUGGCAAUUAAUGAAUUGAUCAGAAGGUAUUGUCCAAACUCAGUACUUAUUAUCAUUGAUGCAAAGCCAAAAGAUUUGGGACUACCAACCGAAGCUUAUCAAGCUGUAGAAGAAGUUCAUGAUGAUGGCUCACCAACAUCUAAAACAUUUGAACACAUCCCUAGUGAAAUUGGAGCUGAAGAAGCAGAAGAAGUAGGUGUUGAACAUCUACUCAGAGAUAUCAAAGAUACAACAGUAGGCACCUUGAGCCAAAGAAUAACAAAUCAAUUAUUAGGAUUAAAAGGAUUACAUGCACAAAUUGAAGAAAUAAAAAAUUACCUAUCAAAGGUUGGUGAUGGAAAAUUACCUAUCAAUCAUCAAAUUAUCUAUCAAUUGCAAGACAUUUUUAAUUUAUUGCCUGACAUGUCACAAAAUACAUUUGUUGAUUCGUUAUAUAUCAAAACAAAUGAUCAAAUGCUGGUAGUAUAUUUGGCUGCUUUAGUUAGGUCCAUCAUAGCCUUACAUAACUUGAUUAAUAACAAACUGACCAAUCGGGAUGCAGAAAAAAAAGAAACCGAUAAGAAGGAAACAAAAAAAGAAGAAAAGAAAGAUGAAGAAAAAAAGGAUGAGAAAGAAAAAGAAAAGGAAAAGGAAAAAGAAAAAGUCAAAAAGUGAAGUGAAAUAUUAUAAUAUAUUUUUUAUGUCCAGUUUUCACAUGAUUAACACUACACUAAAGACUCCUAUAACAGCUACUGUGCAAAUUGACUGGAUGUAAAACUGAACAGCGCAAUUUCUGUAAAAUCAUCGUUGUUCCAUGAAAAAAACUGUGUUAUUAAAGCACUCUAUUAAAGCAAAAGUAUAGGGUGCUACGUUUUACCUCCACAUAUUUGAUGAUUUAUUUUAAGAAUUUUGCCACACAAAAAAUAUUCUGUAAGAUUCAUUUUCCUCAUAAUAUAUUAUAAUAAGAGAAUUUCGUUUUCUAACAUAAAACAAUUUUUGCUGCAUUAGUAAAGAAGUUUAAUGUGUAUUUUCAAGAAAUGUGAUUGUUAACAAUUCUCUGCUAUAUACAAAACUUAAGUUUUAAUGAACCUGUUUGACUAAAUUAGACUAUAAUUUCAAUAACAGGUGCAUUUUUGUUUUUAUAAUAAAUAAUAUAUUCAAGUACAUUAAA